AUGACUACCAUAAAUAUACCCUUCAUAACCGUAGCGCCUUCGAAGCCACACACUCAUACCGUCGUCUUUCUACACGGCCGCGGCGACAACGCCCGCAACUUCGCAGCCUCGCUAGCUCACUCUCGCGACUCGCGCGGUCGCACGCUUGCAGACGCAUUUCCAUCCUUUCGCUGGGUAUUUCCCCAAGCGCCAACGCGCAAGUGCGCCAGCUCCCCCGAGACGUGGCCGCAAUGGUUCGACGUGUGGGACGUGCGCGAUUUUGCCGCGAACGAGGACCUGCAGGCCGUAGGGCUCAAAGAAGUCGUGCCUGCUCUCCGCCUCAUCCUUGGCGAUGAGGCCGCAUUACUCGGGGGCCGCUGGGACCGCGUGGUGUUGGCAGGAAUCAGCAUGGGCGGUGCGACGAGCGCGCAUGUUUUGUUCAACUUGGAUGUGCCACCAGCGGGGGGAGGAAGACUCGGGGCCUUUAUUGGCUUCUCGUGCCGGUGUCCGUUUGCUGGCCGUGGCUUAGCCGGUAUGAGAGAUGCUCUUGGUCUAGAAGGCGUCCCGGAUCACGGCCAUGUCGUACAAAAUACGCCUGUGUUGCUCGAGCACUGCGCAGAUGACCCUCUAGUCCUGGUUCAGAAUGGCCGAGGCUUACGAGAUAUAUUACUUGGAUUCGGUGCGCAGGUGGAAUGGAAAGAAUAUCCCAACGGAGGGCACUGGUUCAAUUCUCCGACUGGCAUGGACGAUGUGGUAGAGUUUCUAAAUAGGCGCCUUGGGGAGGACAGUUCUGCAGGCAACCCUACACUUUUACGCCAAGCCUCAUCUAACGCGAUGGAUCUAUCAUGA